AAUCCGAAAACAAAAGACCACCGAAAUUUUUUCUCUUCGAAUUUUCUCCGAAGUCCUUCGUUUCUGAUCGAUGGUGGCUCCGGCUCGAUUCGCGGCGAUCCUCGUCGCCAUCCUCGCGUUCGGAGCCGCGAACGCUCGUAAUCCCUUCGCCCCCAAGGCGAUCUCGGAUUUGAGGGAGGCGAUCAUGAAGGGGCUAGGGAUCCAGGGGGAGGGGCUGGAGAUAUCGGGGUUCGACGUGAGGGACGCGCUGGUGGGGCAGUCGGUGGCGUACGAGUUCGACAUCGAGGUGGACAAGAAGGUGGUUCCGGUCAAGCUCCUCGAGGAUGUUAGCAAGUGGGACUUCGCUGACCUGCCCAUCUUUAGGGCGGAGGACGAGAAGGGCUUGGCCGAGAGGGGAAGGAGGUUGGAUGCGAGGGUUCUGCCGGAGCUGUCGCCGUUUCAGCUGGCGGGGCCGAUGGAGCUCUGGAUCCAGGACGGGGACGACAUGAGGCUCUCCCUGCCGCAUGAUGUAGAUGCUGGUAGGCUGAAGAAGGUCCUCCUAUCAGAUGGUGCUGUGGUGACAGUCAAGGGUGCAAGGUCUGUCAGCCUCAGGCACCCACUUGAUCUCCCCCUCCCCCUCAACCGGACCCACCCUAAGAAUCAUCCUAUGGCAUCAAGCCUCCUAACCAUUGCAGAGGCUCUCCGUAAUGCUGCACGUUCAAAUGAGAAACCUAUCCUUUCCCUCCGCAUUGUUGGUCCCACUUCGCUCACCUCUUCACCGUCCAUGUCCCCCAAUGACAAGCUCAAGCUCAAGCGCCUUGCCCCUGGCCUUGUUGAGCUCUCUUCCCGGUCCGUCCCAGCUGUCUCUGAAGAUGUACAGGCAUCACAGGACCCCACUUUGUGGCCUCUUACUUCAUUGAAUGGAUAUAGUUCUAAUCUUAGGGGUUUUGAAGAGCUAUUGGCAUCGGUGUUAGGAAAGAAGGGACAGGAGGAGGGAUCAUUCAGGUUGGUGAAGGCAGAGGUGGCAGCACGAACUUAUGUGAAGAUGGAGUUCUCUGUGGAGAGGAGUCUUUUAGAUGGGGAGGUGGAUUGGUCCGGGUUCCCGGAAUGGAAGACAAGGCCUAAAAAGGCCAUGGCCCACUUUGAGGUGCUGGCUCGGGUUGAAGACAAUGGGAAUGUGAUCCCUGAAAGGAUUGCAGCAGUCCAGCCAUUCAAUGUACAAGACAGUGUGCUUGGUAGUGUUCAAACUGGGAAUGUAUCCAUGUCCCAGGUGUCAGCAGCUUACCCUCCACCGGAUUACUUCACCCUGUAAUCCUGUUCUUCUAGCUCUAGUUUUGCUGAAGAACAACAAGUGUAAAGAUCUAGAAAGGCAACCAAAGUUCUUUUGACUUUGCAUUGCUGGAUAACACAUUUUGUUAAAUUAUAAUUUUGUCCGAUAAUAUAUAUACAGUUCAGAGUGAUGAAUGCCAUAUUACAAAU